AUGUCUGCUGAAGGUAUUUCUGAAGUUGAAGAAAAUCAAAUCCAAACCAACUAUGACAAAGUUGUCUACAAUUUCGAUGACAUGAACUUGAAAGAGGAAUUGUUAAAGGGUGUUUACGGUUAUGGUUUUGAAGAACCAUCUGCUAUUCAACAACGUGCUAUCUUACCAAUUGUUGAAAAACACGAUGUCUUAGCUCAAGCUCAAUCUGGUACUGGUAAGACUGGUACUUUCUCCAUUGCUGCUUUAGAAAGAAUCGACAGUUCUAUUAAAUCCCCACAAGCUUUGAUCUUAGCUCCAACCAGAGAAUUAGCUUUACAAAUUCAAAAGGUUGUUAUUGCUUUAGCUUUACACAUGGACGUCAAAGUUCACGCUUGUAUCGGUGGUACUUCUUUCGUUGAAGAUAGUGAGGGUUUAAGAGAUGCUCAAAUUGUUGUUGGUACCCCAGGUCGUGUUUCUGACAACAUCCAAAGAAGAAGAUUCAAGACUGACAAUAUCAAGAUGUUCAUCUUAGAUGAAGCCGAUGAAAUGUUAUCUUCUGGUUUCAGAGAACAAAUUUACCAAAUUUUCACCAUGUUACCACCAACCACCCAAGUUGUCUUAUUAUCUGCUACUUUACCAAAUGAUGUCUUAGAAGUUACCACUAAAUUCAUGAGAAACCCAGUUAGAAUCUUAGUCAAGAAGGAUGAAUUAACUUUAGAAGGUAUUAAACAAUUCUACAUUAACGUCGAAGAAGACGACUACAAAUUUGACUGUUUGACCGAUUUAUACGAUUCUAUCUCUGUCACCCAAGCUGUUAUUUUCUGUAACACCAGAAGAAAGGUCGAAGAAUUAACUCAGAAAUUAACCGAAAACAACUUCACUGUUUCCUCCAUUUACUCUGACUUACCACAACAGGAAAGAGAUGUCAUCAUGAAGGAAUUCAGAUCUGGUUCUUCCAGAAUUUUAAUCUCUACAGAUUUAUUAGCUAGAGGUAUUGAUGUUCAACAAGUCUCCUUGGUUAUUAACUACGAUUUACCAACCAACAAAGAAAACUAUAUUCACAGAAUUGGUAGAGGUGGUCGUUUCGGUAGAAAGGGUGUUGCUAUCAACUUCGUCACUAACCAAGAUGUCGGUGCUAUGAGAGAAUUAGAACAAUUCUACUCCACUCAAAUCGAAGAAUUACCAGCUGAUGUCGCUGAAAUGUUCGCUUGA